GCUAGCCGCUGCUUGCGGCACCUCCACGAUUAUGUUGGGAAUCUUUAGCACCUGAGCUGAGACCCGUCUCAAAACGCCUUCCCAUCGUCCCUGGUAUUUGACAGGUUCAAGCCAUGGCCUCUCGAGUGAGACAUUGGAGGUACAUGAGUGCAGAGUGUGUGGCUUCUAAGCCUGCGACCAUGAAUCAGCCAAACGCGUCAAUUGGCACGGACACUAGUUCUCUCUUUGUCCCAAACGCGGACUGAUCAGCCGGAUUCUUCAGUCGCAUGUUUUGACCGCCUUCGUCAGUCCUUUGUGAGCUCAAAAGACUGAAGAAAUAAUGUCUUUGAAAUUCAGAAAUUCGAAUCCGGCUUCCAAUCGGGAUAAAUCGAACAGAAGCGCAUUGUUCCCCGAGUCCGGUUCCGGUAUUUGGACCUACUUUCUAUCCCUUGCCCCAGUCAUACCAUACCUCCAAUAUACUCGUAGUUGAGUCUUCUUUUUUCAAUCGAUGGAUGUGUUCGAAGAACAAAGAAAAGAUGCCGCAAACACGCUUAUCAUUCGGGAGCUCCAAAGGAACUGGUCUCGAUGGCAAGUUCCAUAAGAUGCAGGUCCAACCUGGAUGAUCUCCUGAAGGGUAGAAGGGCUGUUGUUACUCGCGAUGCUUUGAAGCUUUCUUCUAAAGCCAUAAUUCACAUAUCGACUUUGCAACACGCUCCUCAACUUCCCAUCUCCUCUGGCAUCAUCACUUCAUCAUGUCGGGAAAAGGCAAUAUGUUUGCUAUGAACAGCAACGGCGAGGUAGCGCAAUGGUAUCUUAAUACCGAUGACAGAAAGUUUGCUCAAGUUCGGCUGGAAGAGCUCGUACGGGUGCGAGACGAGGAGUACGGCAUCAAGCAGCCUCUAAGCACUCCACAGACAAAGGGAUCCGUCCCCUUUCGACCCAGAGCACUGAGCGAUCUCAAGAGCAACCCAGCACAGCUCUUGUUUGCUCGGCUCCAUGAGGAGUGGGAACUGAAUGAUGCGUGGUACAAUUCUACCUUCAUGCACUUGUUCACUACCAUCAAGUACUUCUCACAGAGAUAUUUUGGAAUGGACGUGUUCCCCGAGGGCUUCUCUCCUUGGAAAGAAGGGGACUUCCCACCGAUUUUUCUCGACUUUGUUGCCCAGGUUGCCUGCCCGGAUCCCGUAAGCACUUGGGACUCUCUUCUAAUGGAGUCAAGGCACAAGAGCAGCCUUGUGUGCGGUGUUUUCACCAAGGCCUUACUGGACACUGUCUUCACUAGCCUCUUAUUCGGGGCGUCUGACGAGCAAAUGGCGCUACUCAAAACUCACGACGAGACAACACUCGACCUUGAUGGCUACAAGCGCACCGCGCGAAGGGGUGCAAUAGUUCGGGACUUUCUUGGAGACAACAUCACGACACCAAGGUUCUGGGACGACGUUGGUCAACUUUCUACCGAGAUUACCGAGAUCUUCUUGCCGUUGAUCAACUUGCAAGGUCGGGGGGCCCCUCAACAGGAGUGGCCGGAAUUGUCAGAGAUUCAUCAACAAAUCUUCCACAUCGUGUCGAUCGCCGCAUACUUUUCCAUCAUCAUCCGUCGUUCCGAGACAAUCAUCGACUAUUCCAUGGCAACUCUGGGAAGCGAGUGGGCACAUACUCAUGAAGAAGAAAAUAUGAGCAUAUACUUCAACUCACGACGUGCGGUGGUAGAGCAGGAUGACCGAGAUGAAGCCAAGGCAAAGGUCGAGAAGAGCUUGGCCGAGGCACGAGCCAAGCUGCCUAAAGGGUUACCAUCACUCAUCCGAGAUAUCAUGGGCAGUAACAAGCUUGUCGAAUACCAACGCCCAAUUCGCACCGCUAAAGUCGGAAUUGUCAUGUUUCCCCGCAUCAAGCGCCACAGGACUCUGUGCGACCCAGAGCGAUGGGACAAGUGGACAGCCGAGCACGAGUCCUUGAUUUUCAAGGGCCGGGUCACCUACUAUUACGGCAAGGAGCAUGAUCCCCUGGGCUUGGAGCAGAAGCCCUCACUUGCUGAGUACCGGAUGUCCAAACGGGAGAAACUUCGGGCAAAGUACUACUCCCCACGCCAUUGGCUGUUGCUUCUGACCAUUUUUCUGGUUUUACUGCAUCUUUGGCAGCCUUGGAUUUUCGGAAACUUGAAAGCGGCCUUAUAUGCAUUUGCUAUGCUAGUAGUUAGCACUGCGAAGAAGAUCUGCGAGGCACCUCUUCGGAUAGCAGGCCUUGUUGGACCGCGACCCACGCGAUCAACGCACUCCGCUCCAAAGGGCACCGAGAGCGACUAUGUCCACGCUUGAUCCCUUGUCAUAUUGGUCUCUUUUCGCCAUCAUUUUAUAUAUGUUGCUUUUCCUUAAAUGGCUGGCGCAUGUUUUCGGGUUUUGGGCUAUCUUGUUCUCGUUCUUUGGUUAUCUACCUAUGGAGUUGUGACUCUGGUUUUUUUUUU